CCGUCCACGUCCUCACAGGGUGCCCACGGCGCCGUCGCGCAUCCCGCCGCCCGUGCGAGAUCAGACGGCGUGCGCCGCUUCUCCGACCUUUCUACUGUAUCGGCUUGGCCGUAUUAAAGCCGCUUCUCGCCAUCUGUGCCCGCCUUCCAUUGCGCUCCGAGGGAGGAGUGGACGAUCGACAUGAGGGACACGGGUACGGAGACAGAUGAGGGCCCCGCGUGCAAGGUUGUGGCUGGCGGGGACGGGAAGGUCGCCGGUCUAGCGGCCAUCGCGCGGCGCCGCCGCCGCCGCCUCGAGCUGCGGCGGCUCGGGCGGAAGGCGUCGGCUGCGGCAGAGGAUGAGGCGGCGAAGAGGGUUCGGUCCGGUAGGGACAGAUCGUCGUCGGACUCGUCGGCGGAGACGGAUCACGGGAUGGGCUGGCCGGCGUCCCUGUCGCACGGCGCGGUGUCGGUGAUCGGCCGGCGGAGGGCGAUGGAGGACGCCGUGGCCGUCGCGCGCACGUUCCUGGCCUCGGCGGACGUGAGCAAGGGUGGUGGUGCGGACGGGUGCGGCGGGGAGGACGACUUCUUCGCUGUGUACGACGGCCACGGCGGGCCGCGGGUGGCGCAGGUGUGCAGGGAGCGUAUGCACGUGGUGCUCGCGGAGGAGGUGGGACUGCGUCGGCGGUUCGGGAGCGACGUGCGCUGGAAGGAGGCGAUGGCUGCCAGCUUCGCCAGGGUGGACAGCGAGGCCACCUGCGGCUUCGCCCCGGCCAAGGCCGCGGCCGCGGACGCGGACGCCUACGCGCCCUUCCGGACCGUGGGCUCCACCGCCGUGGUGGCCGUCGUUGGGCACCGCCGGAUCGUCGUCGCCAACUGCGGCGACUCACGCGCCGUGCUCUCCCGCGGCGGCGUGGCAGUGCCACUCUCCACUGACCACAAGUGGAUGUUUGUUCUGACCACGCAGCCAGAUCGUCCAGAUGAGUUGGAAAGGGUGGAAGCAGCCGGCGGCAGAGUCAUCAACUGGAACGGCUAUCGUGUCCUGGGAGUGCUAGCAACUUCAAGGUCCAUAGGAGACUACUACCUGAAGCCUUACGUCAGUGCCGAACCGGAGGUGACGGUGGUAGACCGCACAGACCAAGACGAGUUCCUCAUACUGGCAAGCGACGGGCUGUGGGACGUGGUCUCCAACGAGGUGGCGUGCAAGAUCGCCAGGAAAUGCCUCAACGGUCGGGCGGCCAGCAUGUUCCCGGAGUCUGUCUCCGGCCGCACGGCCGCGGACGCGGCGGCGCUCCUGACGGAGUUGGCCAUGUCGCGCGGCAGCAACGAUAACAUCAGCGUCGUCGUGGUCGAGCUGCGGAGACUGAAGGGGAGCAGCUAGCGCUGGUUGAUGUGCUGAGACCGUGAGCGUGUAGCUGUAGUGUACACAUGAUGUCGAUGAUGUUUGUACAGAUUGAAGUUUGUCGAAUGCUGUGACUUCUCGUGUGCUAAUCAUUAGCUAAUAUAUGCAAUUUAUUUUC